UCUUUUUGGUAGGACGUUAUGACACGGAAGUGAAUGGGUGGUACGCGGGGUUAUAUGUUUAUUUGAUUUGAGUUUUUGAUAACAGAUAGUGAUAAUCACUUCUGAAGUGUAUUGUUAUUAUUUGUUCGUUCUAAGCUUUCCGUGUUGUCGGAAGAGUUGAUCCAAAGCGUAUUAACGUUAACAAUAUUACCAUCGAUGUUUACAUCCUGACGGGGGAAGAACUGCGCCGUGGAGGAGCAGGACAUUAAUUCUCUGCGGUUUGAAGACGAUGGCCCAUUCUGAAUCGGACUCCUUCGCAUGCAGAUCAGCGAUCAUAACGGAGCUAAUCAGCAUUCAGACAGUCACCCGCAACCUAGUGAGAGAGCUGAGGACUUUAGUGGACCUUACUGAUCCAGAAGAAGGUUCAUUAGUUAAGUCUCAAGACAAGGCUUUGGAGUCAAGGGAAAUCUGGAAGUCAAUAUUUUCAGCAGCCCAGCCUUGCCAACUGAAUAAUGAAUGAUGGAAAAGGUAAUACUCAAGAUGCGGAAAUUCUUCCUCAGGAGAAGAUUGAAGGCAUUCUCCCAGACUCCAUUUCCCUGAGUGACUCUGAUUCAGAGGACUCUACUCCUAACUAUGGUGCAGAAGUGGAGAACUCCUCCUCUGAUUCUUCAGAUGGGGAAGGCUUGGCUAGUGACCAACCACUGUCCAAAUCAGGCUCCGCAGAGAGAGUGAAGAAGCCUUUUCAAUUACAAGGCACCAGUAUCGGAUUCUCCUUCCGCAGCAAAAACAUAUUUGAUGGUUUAGAAAGUGCUGCAAAGAUCAAAGUUCCCUCACUGGGAGAUGACAAUGUUGUUGAUGGUCCUUUUGUACGCCCACUUUUACCCCAGGCUAAAAAAAAUACAGAACCUAAAUAUGCUCAUUCAGUUCCGGAUUACGUUACACACCCAGAACGGUGGACCAAGUAUAGUCUUGAAGGUGUCUCAGAAACCUCUUGCAGGAAAAAUGCUAUGGUAGCCCAUGAGUUUAUUGAAAGUCUCCAGAAGAGACAAGCUUCAGGUGAUGAUCCUCAGUCACUACCUUCAUUUAAAAAAGAUCAUCUUUGUGCAUCUGGUUCCAGGGUCAUCUUUUCCAAACGCAGUAAACCCCCUGUGAACACUGAGAAAGAAGAUGAGAAAGAAAGUGAAUCUGGGAAGUCUGACCAUGGUAGAGAUGAUUCAAAGAAGAAGAUUGAAUUGUUGCAUCUAGAAAAUCAACAGGAGGAGAGCGUGCAUGGUAGUGUGGAGAGAAGCCGGUCAGAAUUGGAAAUAAGGAAGAGGAAGGCUGAAGAUGAAAUGGCAGUAGAAACAGUGGGAUUUCAUACGGGACGAAAAAUGAACAGAAAAAACAUUAGAAGACAGGAAUCUGAAGAGGAUGAAGACUAGCAAAAACAUCCUUUACCUAUAGAAGCACUCUCCAAUGUGGGCUCAUUUGUUUAUUAAAUGUAUCUUUAAUCAAUGACCUAUGUUGACCCACAAUUGUGUCAGUGUUUAUUAAAAAUAUUUUUUCCUUUA